GCACAAAAUGAUGACAAAUCAACUGAAUAAAUUUGAAGUAAUAUGGCUUUUGAUUCUACUCAUUUUGAUAGACACCGAGUUGCAGGCCACGACUUUACGCGACAAUGGCGAGCAAGUAGGCGACAAACGAGGACACGGACCAAGUGGUGGUGCACCGAAUGACUACGGUCCGGCUAUAAAAAUCACUUCGAGCAUCUUACAACUGUCGAAAUCAAAAGAGGGUAGUACCACUUCGGGUAACCUUGGUUUGGAACAACACGAGACUACGCUGGAGCAACCCUGGCCGAUCACCGGCAGUUAUCAGUUGCCUGCCGCACAAACAGUAUGGCUGGAGUUUCCGGCAAGUCAUCAACCGGACUUUCAUUUGAUCGCCGUGCCAGAUGUGAGCAAUCACCAGUAUCAUUUCGCUUCACCGCAUGCUGGCGUUAACGAUGUUAGUGGUGUUUUUGAUGAGGGUAGGUCCCCUUUAUCAACAGGAUUGCAUACACAAAUCAUAAGUAGCAGUACAGGUGUCACGCAUGUUAGUGAUAAUCUUGAUUUUGGUGAUGUGGGCGGCGAGAAAGCGAGUGGCAAUCAUCGCACUUCUUAUGGUAGAUAAGUGUGGAGUGAUUUUAACAAACUUUUUUUUACACAUUUUGUUGUUUAUAAAAAUAUGUGGCAAGACUAUUCAAUAUUUUGGCUUAAAAACAUUGCUCCAUUUUCUAAAACCGUUACUUUCUUUAAUAUACAUAUAUUUUUUCAAGUCAUUUUUAUAAAUAGUUCUUUUAAAAGCAAGUGGCAACUCGCUUCAAAAAUUCCCUGACGCCUCGCGCUUGACCUUAGUUGACCUCGCUUUGCCAUUAACUUGACGUCGCUUGAACUCUAAACCCUAAAUCACCCCUAGCUACCUCUACAAAUCGGUGUCGAGUCUCGGCAUGACAUAGCAGUCAGAGUCGUUCAAGUUAUCGAACUUCGGAUGAAUUUUAUGAAUCUUUUUUUCAUUUCGAUACUAUGUCGAGGAAGCGAAAUUUACGCUUGCAGACAAAAAAUAUCCAUUCUCAUUGAAGAAAAGUUUUAAUCACACAUAACUGUAUUAGUUUUUAUAUAUUUUUUUUAUUAAAAAAACACGAAAAUAUAUAUUUACAUACUACGAUUAUUAUAAACUGGAUUUUGUAUAAAAUAAGGCUAAUAAUACUGUCCCAAAUUCACCACACAGAUCGCUUUUUUUUACUUUAAAUUCGCCGAAAAGUACACGGACACACCAAAAAAAAAAACUCAAGCAACAUCCACUCGCCUCUUUCCUACUCGCCAACACCCACACGAACUCAAUACAAGCCUUUCUGCUCAUCGUGCUUGUGCUCGUACAGAGUGCUGUAGCUGAAAGCGCCUUUGCCAUGAUCAAUGCCCACCACAGGCUGCUGAUGAUAGUCAUCGUGAUAAUCGCCGUGGAAGUCCAGCUUAUCCAAAUACUCAUGUCCACCGAAAUCGGCAUGUGCGACCUCUUCGAAAUGUUCCGAGCCAGCAGCCUCGGCCUCUUCGUACUCUUCAGCGGUGGCGCCAUGAUCCUCUGCAUAAUCAGCUGGAAAAUGCUUUGGAUCCAAGUGAUCACCAGCCGCUCCCAGCGACUCCGAGUGACCAUCAUCACUGCUAAAGUCAUGCUGCUCCACUGUUUCACUCAAUUUGGGCAGCUGCAAUUGGCUGACGGCCUUGGCGGCACUUAAGAGACCAGCAUGAUUACCCAGUGGGCCAGCGUUGUAGAUCGCCGAUUGGAUACCUUGAACUUCCAAGUCGUUGCUGUAGGGCACAUGUAAGGCAGCGGCAAAUGUCGCACAGCUGAUGGUCAGCACAAAUGCGCAACCGAAAAUUUUGGCAAACAGCAAAGACAUUUGGCUUUCUUUAAUGGAACCGGGUUUUCUUAUUUCUGUAUUUGAAACUUUUGCGAUUUUCGCACACUUUCUUUGUUCGUUUUUAUUGCUAACGGUUGUAAUGCUGGCGUCCAACUAAUUUCUCACGUCCAACUCAAUGCGGUUUAUAUAGUAUGGAAAGCGGAGAGUUGCUUUGGCGCCAUAAAGUGGCCAAUAGAUAUGGGAGCGUGCAACUUCUUUGCAUUUGCACUUUAGCUGCAUCGAUUUUUCUUUUUCUUGUGUGUUAUGACGACAUUGGCGAUUCGCUGUUAGACACUUCCAUACGCCUAUAGUCGUAUGAAUAGCUAAACUCUGUCAAAAGUGGCAUACGAAAUUUCUCUGAAAUUAAUUUUGGCAAUUCUACCAAAAUUUCGACCACCCAAAAUCCAUCUUGAUUCGGGUAUGAAACACUUAUUGUCAGGUUCUUUCGCUGUUCUAUAAUUUAAGUACUCAUUUUUUGACUGGAAAUAUGUUGCGAUACAAACUAGAGUUGCCAUAGAAGAUCUUUGAUCUUCUAGGAAGACAAUAGUUCAUCCUUCAAAUCUUGAAUUUCCGAAGGUUCACACAAUUCUAUGUAUCAAAAUUUGUUUAUAAGUUAGAAAUAUUAAAAUAGAACGUCAUAAUUGUUUCGGG